AUGAGUGGUUCAGAAGGAAGGGCAGAUGACUACUUAUGUGUCGUAUUACUAUUUGCAUCAACACAGAGAAUCCCAUUCAGUGGCCAAAUCCAGGGAGGCCUGCAGGACGGGAAGAGCAUUAUCAUAAGUGGAAGAGUUUUGCCAGGGGCUAACAGAUUUCAUGUGAACCUUCAAUGUGGAUCUCAUUCCGGGGCUGAUAUUGCUCUGCACUUUAACCCACGCUAUGAGAGCCCUGGGUAUGUCGUGCACAACACCUCCCAGAGCAGGUGCUGGGGCUCAGAGGAACGCAAAUAUGAAGCUCCCUUCCCCCAAGGCCAAACAUUCACCCUCCAGAUCCUUGUCGAGCAGGACAAAUACAAGAUAUCUACUAAUGGGAGACACUUCAUGGACUAUAGACACCGUAUUCCAUUCACUCAGGUGGACACCAUCUCAGUGGAGGGAAUGGUGGAGUUGAACUCUAUUGCCUUCCAGAAUCCUGCGCCCUAUUUACCUCCACAACCGGCCUUUCCAGGUUAUAUAGCACCUCAAGCAGCAUAUCAGCCUCAGUAUGCUGUACCUCCAGGAUGUGGGUUCCCGGCAUACCCUUCUGCACCCAACUAUGUAAGAGCAGCUCUCUGA